AUGGCUGAUCUCGGUUUUGAUUUUCCCGAUGACGAUUUUGAACAAGAGACCACGCUUGACGAUACACCAUUUGAAAAAGACCCUGAUUAUGUAGAUGAUACAACCGAAACAUUGUUAAUAAAGGCUGAAGAAGAACAUCAACAAGCAGAAGACGAAUUAGAGGACGAGUUAUUGGCAGAUGAACACAUGUCACCCAUUGAACGUGUGUAUGGACUUGGAAAAAAUAAUGCUUUAAUCAAUAGACUUUUAGUGGCCAAGGAAUUAGUCCAUGCAUUAGAAGAAGUCGAUCUGAACGAAGCUGUAAAAGAGGUCUUACCUUGCAUGGAAAAAUUAGCUGCUGAUACCGACGAUACUGUCAAGGAAACAUUUGCCAGCGAACUUGACCAAACCUUGCUUUAUUUUUACAAGAAUCUUCCCGCCAUGUUUUCCAGUAGCGAUGAUUCAAUAGCACAAGAAAAAACAUUUGCACCCAUGAUCAUUCGUAUUUUAUUAGAUCAGAGUUCAGCCGUGGCUUCGUUAGGUCAACAAGCUUUAGUCACUGUUGUGACUGAACUUCGUCGACUCUCAGAUGAAAGAAAUAAUGGGUUAUUUCAGCAAGUGAUUCAUUCAGAGAUAUUCAAGGGGGUAAUUGAAGGUCUGAUGUUGAUUGUAGACGGUAAGAGAAAGACACCUAGAGCAGAGGACGAAGAAGAAUCUGAAGAACAUAAAAAACAACGUGUCUAUCCCGAUACCAGCGCGGGUGGUGAACGUCGCAGAUCUUCUGUCACACCGGGGUUUGAAGCUUCCUUGAAUAUACAUCACCAAGCUGUGGAUGAUGACUUUGAUCAAGGUGAAAUCAGUCUUGCUAAAAUCACCUGUAUCUCGUUAAUUGCUUCCAUUGUUGGUGCGUUUGAACCUGAGAAAUGUGUCGAUCAAUGUUUACCUAUUAUUGAAAAAUUGGCUUCAGAUCCAUUAUUUUACGUGCGAAAAGAAGCAGCUACUGCGGUUGGUAGUAUGGCCCAGGUGGUAGAUUCACAUAUUGCGGAGACAAGACUCCUUCCAUUGUUCAAGCAAUUUUCGGAGGAUCAAAUCUGGCAUGUACGUCGAUCGUGUGUUCUGACAUUACCUCAAAUGUGCGGUGUGUUAUCGGACGAGUCCAAAACCGAAAUGACAGUGACAUGUGUUGAAACCUUUCGUAACGACGUAUCUCGUAACGUACGUAACGCGAUGGCGGAUAUUGUGGGUGAAUUAGUUUCCAAGUUUUUACCUCCUGAUUGGGCACAAACGGGACAACCCGGUAAACUACCUGAACCUUUGCUACAAUAUUUCUUGUCAUUGGGGUCCAAUGUCAAUAACAGUAACCAAAUGCUCAAGUUGGAAAUCGAUCGUACUUAUAUCUGUGCUUAUAAUUUCCCUGCAGUUGUCUUGACAGCGGGUGUAGAUUAUUGGAAUUCGCACUUGCGAGAAACUUACUUGAACCUGACCAAAGAUUAUCAAAUUAAGGUGCGCUGUACAUUUGCACAUUCGUUGCAUGAUAUUGCUCGUAUCAUUGGUCCUGAACGUACGGAAAGAGAUCUUGUGCAAAUCUUUGCGCUUUAUCUGAUGGACAUGGAUGAUGUGAAACAAGGCGUGUUGGAACAUUUGGCAGACUUUUUAGGCACUUUGGCAGUAAGUUCGCGUAAUGAAUAUAUUCCUAUUCUAGCAGAAGUCUGGGAUGGUGUGUCCACGAAUUGGCAUUUACGAAACAUCUUGGCUGCACAAUUGAAAGAGAUUUCAAUGUUAUUUGAUGCUUCGCGUGUGGUGGAACAUGUGUUACCAUUGGUGGUCCGUGCCUGUCAUGAUGAAUUUGCGGCUGUAAGAGAAACCGGUGUGGAGGUAUUCCCUGUGGUUUUGGAUGCAGUGAAGCAUGCGGUUGAAGAAGAUGGAGAGUCUCUAUCACAAGCGGAUGGAUAUGGAGAUGAUCUUGCUGAAAAUAAGCGCAAUUUCGCAUUAGCUCUUUUAUCACAUGUGAUGGAACGUUUGGAUGAAUUUGCUCGUUCUGAAAAUUACCGUGGUCGUUUGGUCUUUGCUCAGAUUUGUAAAGCAUUGAUCCAAUCAGGUAUAGGUGCAUCUGAUUUUGCUUCGUUCUUUUUGCCUAGAUUAGCUCCAUUAGCCUAUGAUCCGGUUGUUAAUGUUCGUAUUGCCGCUUCACGUACAAUUGGUACCAUUUAUACCAACGAACCUUUCCGUAAAGAACUUAGCGAGAUUGCAGCUCCUUCCCGAACAGUCAAUGUAGCGGGAGAGUCGGGACAUGCUUUGGAUCAAAUGACGUAUCGGUUUGCGCUUGAUAAAGAUAGGGAUGUACGGUCAUUUGUGAUGGCAUUUGUUGAUACGGAAACACUUGAAAAGCAACGUGACAAGGAGAUGAAGGCAGCUGUUGAGGUAGCAGAAGCAGCUAUUGAAGCACGAGCAGACGAGUCUUUUGAUGAUGAUGAUGAUGAAGAGGAGGAAGAAGAGGAGGAAACAGAGACGGAUGAACAAGAGACAGAAGAAGAGGAAAAGGGUUCCCCGAUGCCUGAGAAGACAGACCCGAUGGAAAUUAGUAAUACACCUGAUGAAGAUGAGAUAAUGUCUGAAGUCGAUCCUAUUAUUAAGAAACCAACCACUACAGCAGUUACUUUAUCUUCUGCUGAUAAGAAAGAUUAACUUUUUUAUUUUCUAUACAUACAUAUAUACAUUUUACUACUUUUAACCUUCUUUUUUUUUUUUUUUAUUCCAACUUUUUGUGUAUUAUUUCUUUUUUCCUUCCCCCCAUCAUCUCUCUCUCUCUCUCUCUUUUUUUUUUUUUCUUUACUAUAAACAAAAACCAAAAGAAAAAAAAAAUUAUGUACAUCUUUUUUUUUUUCAUGUUUU